UAGAGUGUCCAAUUAAUGUUUUUGGGAUGUGGGAGGAAACCGGAGUGUGCGGAGAAAACCCCCACAGGCACAGGGGAGAUCAUGCAAACUCCACACAGGCGGGUCCGGGAUUGAAGCCGGGACAUCAGAACUGUGAGACCAACACUUUCCAGCUGAUCCACCUUGCCGCCUUCUUUGAGAUAUCGUAGACAAAUAGCAGAUUUGUUGGCACUUCUAGGGAAUAAAAAGCUAUGACAACUGUCUGACGUGUUUUCAUUCAGGAUCUACUGAAUACAUUCCAACCCUCACACCGCUGCACUCAUCUUGUGUGCCCUGAAUAGGGUCUCUUUGUAAUACUGACUGCGCCGAGUGACUUUAGGACCCAGUAAAAUAUACCCACAGAAACGGUGAACUUCCUUGUUCUCUCACCCUAGUUCCUCGAUGUGAAAAUUGCAAUAAAGAAGUGCAGCAGUGACAGCAGGUCUUGCGAGACCCUUAGCGACCCUGUAGUGUCAGACAUGUGGAUCAGCGUCCUGACAUGAAAGGUGACCUGUUCUGGACAGAGAGCAGAAAGUCAUGGAGCAGCAGCAGGCCUGCAUUGUGAGGAACCUACUGGAGAAAUUGGAAAGGCAAGACAGUGAGGGCAAAGAAUUUGCGAGGUUGAGAAACCAAUCAAAAAAGUACCGCGAUGACAAGACCUACCCCAGUCAAGCAGCAGAAACUCAGGAAAACAUCAAGAAGAACAGAUACAAGGACAUACUUCCAUUCGACCACAGCAGAGUCAAGCUCACGUUUACGACCUCUAAAGAUGACACCGACUACAUUAAUGCCAGUUUCAUCCAGGGAGUGACGGGUGCCAAGGCUUACAUUGCAACUCAGGGUCCGCUACAUCACACAGUGCUGGACUUCUUGAGGAUGCUGUGGGAAUAUGACAUCAAAGUGAUAGUAAUGGCCUGCCGAGAAUUUGAGAUGGGAAAGAAAAAGUGCGAGCGUUAUUGGCCACAUAAGGAGGAGCAGUCCUUUGUCUGUGGGCCCUUCAUCAUCUACUGUGAUGGUGAAGAAGACAAAGGAGCCUAUCUGACAAGAACAUUAAGAUUGACAUGUGACAAUUGUCAGCGAACGUUGAAGCAGCUGCACUAUGUUAAGUGGCCGGACCACGGAGUACCAGAUUUUAUUCCCUCCAUUUUGGACAUGUUGGAGGAGAUGCGUAGCUAUCAGCCCGACGAUGACAUCCCGCUGUGCAUCCACUGCAGUGCAGGAUGUGGUCGAACUGGUGUCCUUUGUGUCAUCGAUUAUACUUGGAACCUUCUCAAGAAAGGGAUGAUCACUUCAGAUUUCAAUGUAUCUGACUUAGUUUAUACCAUGAGAACUCAAAGGCCAUCUGUGGUUCAAACUAAGGAACAGUAUGAAUUAGUCUACAGGAUCAUCAGGUUACUCUUUGAGCGAUACUUGCUCUCCACGGAUGAACAGAGCGAUAAAAAAGAGGUAACAAUGGGAAUGCCUACGAGGGAGCAAGAUGUUGGAAGUGAGGACCCUCAAGUCCAGAGCACCUGCGAUGAGGAAAUCAACAACACCCCGCAGACACAGACAAUGGUGCCUUUCGCUUCAGAGAGCGCUCACCAUGAUCAACCACGCUUACUUCUUGGAGCUCCAACUACCCACCAGGGGGGACAUGAAACGUCACCUAAAGGGGUCCACACUGGACAAGAAGUGAUUGCACCGGAGAGCAUGGAAAACAACUGCGACUGUCAAGCGUCACCUAACGCAGCGGCCGCCAUCUGUCUGAUGGUGGAGGACCCCUACUUUUACGUCCCUCCGUUUGGCAAUGCAACAACUACAAACAAGCGCUGGACCGUUGGUCCAAUCUUCAGUCAGGCCUCAUUGCCUCUGAAUGACCACACACCGAGGUCGCACUCUACUUUCGACACAGGAGCUCGUAUUGAUGUAGAUACACCUCCUCCUCUGCCUGAACGAACCCCAGAAUCCUAUCAACUCGCUCUUGACCUGGAACACUCCGAUUCCUCAGACAGGCGAACUGUCAUCAUUCCAUCAAACGCGAUUGCUGAGGAUGUGGAGGGUGACCCGGGGGAGAGUCCCACUACGCCUCCCCCGUCACUUCCAGAUAGAACGCCAGAAUCAUAUGGGUUGGCUCUUCAACAAGCACCUGUUGCCAGUCAGCAAGAGGCCACACCAGGAGCAAAUCUAAACAGAAUUGGGACUUCCUCAGAGUGGUCAGGUACUUCAAAGCUGGCGCAAGAAACAAAACCAUGGGUGAGGAGUAAGAGUCUGAGAGGAAAAAUGACAGGUGUCACAGUGCCAUUGACUCCAGUGUGGCUCUCAACCACACCCCCUGUUGCUGCGGGAGGAAGCGAUGGUGAGACGUCAAAAGAAAAAAAGAACGAGAAGGGCCCGUCUUGUAAAAAGGGUCUGAGGUUUUUCAGAGACAAGCAGAAAACAAAGCCAGCGGCUGCAGGUCUGCUGCCAUCAUCUCCAAAGGGAGUCCUCACAUCAUUGCUCCAAUUUGGAUUUGGGAAUAGGAUAGGAAAGCCAAAAGGACCGAGGAAUUAUCCACAAAACUGGUUCUAAAAUGAUGCCCUUCAAUAGUGCUGAUGCGUGCUGUCGCUAUCGGUCACUCAGAGCCUCCUGGUGGACGUUUGCUGAAGUUCACAUUUUCAUCUGAAAAGGAUCGAGAUGUUUCCUGAUAAUAACUUGUUGCGAAUUUAUUAUGGAUUUGUUGUUGUUGUUUUUUUUUUUGUCAGUGCUCCACCACCAGCAAUUCAUCCGCGGGGCCAGUUUUCCUUUCUUUCUUUCUUUGUUUUCUUUUUAAAUGUUAAUUUAACUUGAUUCCGAUUGCAUUUUGGCACAUCAAAUAUCUUCAAUAAAACUUCGGAGACUGU